CUAAACACUUUCUUUAUUCACUCAGAAUCCAAUCAAAUCAAAACCCUGAAGGCCAAAUGAUCUCACUUGGAUUCUUCCUCCCUCAAACUUCAAGCCCCCACAAACCCAUUUGCAAAAUGGCAAUAUCAUCAUCUUCAUCAUCAUCAUCAUCAGCUCCACCAACACAAUCUACAAGCUUUGGCUUCAAAACUUUGACUAAAACCUUCACUGUUAAUGUUCAGAAAGCAGAGACCAGACCGUUGAAUGUGCCCUUAAUUGCUCCUUUUACCAUAGCCUCUUCAAGGCUUGACAAAGUGGAGAACGUGGCCAUUAGAAUAGAGUUCAAUAAUGGGUGUGUUGGGUGGGGUGAGGCUCCUAUUUUGCCUCAUGUGACAGCUGAGGAUCAGGAGACUGCUAUGGUGAAAGCCGGUGAGGCUUGUGAGGUUUUGAAGAAGAGUCCAGCCAUGGCUCUGGGUUUGGUUUUUGAGAAGAUUGCUACUCUUCUUCCUGGUCAUCAGUUUGCUUCUGUUAGGGCAGCUGUCGAGAUGGCAUUGAUUGAUGCAGUUGCUAAUAGCAUCAGCAUGCCUUUGUGGAGACUCUUUGGUGGAGCUACAAAUAAUAUAACCACUGAUAUAACAAUUCCUAUUGUUUCCCCAGCUGAAGCAGCUGAAUUAGCUUCAAAGUACCUCAAACAAGGAUUCACUACUUUGAAGCUUAAGGUGGGAAAGAAUCUGAAGGCAGACAUAGAAGUUCUACAAGCGAUACGUGCAGUCCAUCCUGAUUGUUCAUUCAUCUUGGAUGCCAAUGAGGGUUACAAACCCAAUGAAGCUAUUGAAGUUCUUGAAAAAUUAUAUGAAAUGGGAGUGAUUCCAGUUCUCUUUGAGCAGCCAGUGCAUAGAGAUGACUGGGAAGGUCUUGGUCUUGUUAGUCAUAUAGCCAAAGACAAGUAUGGGGUAUCUGUUGCAGCCGAUGAGAGCUGUCGGGGUUUGCAUGAUGUUAAAAAAAUAAUAAAAGGAAAUCUUGCAGAUGUCAUUAACAUUAAGCUUGCAAAAGUUGGGGUCCUUGGGGCCCUUGAAAUUAUUGAAGAGGCCCGGGCAUCUGGGUUGGACUUAAUGAUUGGUGGUAUGGUUGAAACUAGACUAGCCAUGGGCUUUGCUGGCCAUCUUGCUGCUGGCCUUGGCUGUUUCAAAUUCAUUGACCUUGAUACACCUCUACUUCUGGCUGAAGAUCCAGUUCUUGAGGGUUAUGAAGUCUCUGGUGCUGUUUACAAGUUUGCGAAUGCAAGAGGUCAUGGUGGAUUCCUUCAUUGGGACAAUCUUGCAUGAAAACUUGGUUGCUUCCAUAGUUCUGGAACUCUAAGCCGUCCAUCAGUCAAUCUGAUUUUUUUGGUUCGUAUACCAUGCUCGUGGUUAAUAAGAAUGCAGGCCUCUGAUUUUUGUGGGGUUUGUGAACAAGUGAAUGAGUGGAGCAUCAAAAGUCCUUGCUUGCUUUGUGUUUGCCGGUAAGAGUUACAGUGCCAUUAUUGCAACUUAAAUUAUAAUUUUGGAAAAAAAUAUAUUCUUCCAUGUUUUGUAGUGGAGAUAGUGUUGUCUGUUGAGUUUCCCAAUCUAAUUAUCAAGAUUGGUUUAGAAGUAUCUGUAUACCAUUUUUUUCCUGAAUAAUUCUGUUUUCAUGUUUUUAUCUUAUUUAAUCUCUAUCAACUCUUAGAUGAAAACUGUCUUUUAACUUUUGAUGUAAAUUGUCUUCUAUCAUUUAUGCUGGACCUCUUCCAAUCAUUAAGCAAGAGGCUUUCCUAGCCUUGCUGGCAACAAUAAUGCCUUUGAUUAACAAAUUUCUGCAGCCUGGUGAUUAAGGGAAACAAUACUUGGUCAAUCUUCUUGAAUCAAUUGUAUUGAUUCUUUCUUUUUUCCUCUAUAAUGAAGUUGACUUGUGCUGGAAAUGUAACUAAAUUGGCAAAUUUUGAGUGUUGAAAAUUCCGUCAUUUCUCCAUUUACAUCUCCAGAGAACGUUGACAUGUUCUCCAAAACUGAUGAAAUGUCUUAGACCGUAGUUUCCUCAAUGGUCAAACUAGCAUCCGUAAAACCAAUAAAUUGGAAUUUCUCUUCUUUUAUAGACAGUUUACAGUACUUCUUGAAUCGGUAUUGUUCUUUAUUGACUCUUGGAUGUGGAUGAAGUAGUCCUAUCUCUUCCUUUCAGUAUUUAGGUUCUUCCAUUGUGCCAAGAUGCUUAAUCCUGGCAAUGAAAUGGGGAACUUGGAAGGGCAGACUCUAUGUAUGUUGCUAGUCCUUGACAAAUGAUACCUUAUGAUGUUUCAUAAUAUUUAUUUAAGUGUGUUACUAGUAUGAUGUCGCACUCUCUUCAUUCGGAUGUUCCAAC